CCAUGCUUGGGAUAUAAAGUGGUCGCGUGCUUGCAAGCUCAGUCACACUGGCGUCGAGACACCGACCUAGCAGUAUUACACGCCAGCAGUAGCACACGCAUACAAACUCGAUAUCCCGCUCUCUCUCUCUCUCUCUCUCUCUCUCUCUCUCUCUGGCUUCUGCUCUUCACCGUUCGCUGUCGUCGGCCCUACCAUCGCCGAUUAUCCGCCGCUAACUCGAGCCACCUGUCAGAUUGGAAAUUUCCAGCCGCCAAUUACACACAAACUCACACCGAAUCAGCAAAAUGAUGUCUUUAAGAAUUGCCGUUUGCACAGCAGUAGCGCUCGUAGUGCUCGUCGACUGGUCGACGGCACUUCCAGCUGGGGAUAAGGAGGCGCUCAUGAACGGGCUUAAUAUGAUGGGUGACGAGGAAGGGGCAGCAGUAGAGAGGGACCUGCUCAACUACCUCGUAGGCAGAAGGUUCGUUAAACGCCUACGCAACCAAGCCGACGUCGACGAUCUGCAGCGCAAGCGAAACUACUGGAGGCAGUGCGCUUUUAACGCCGUCUCCUGCUUCGGCAAGUAGGCUGCGGCUGAUGAAUUAGAUCGCUUCGCGGAUGACUAUGUGGGCCCAGACGACGCGAAUUAUUAAUCUUAAUAAUAUAUUACGGCCCAUUCGGAGCGACGUGAUGACGCAGCGCUAUAAUACACUGAAUAGAACAAACAAUUUGCUUCCUGUGAACAGAAAAAAACAAGCUUCGUUAAACUAACUGUCAUUCGAUGUAUACCUCAGAUAUUCGAUUUAUUCAUCGGACGCACACGUCUUAUGUCUAUAUGAAUUUUAAUUGUUAGAUGAUAGAGAGAUGGUCGGUAUACCACGCGCCAACAGUAUUUUUAUUUUUCUCUCUUUUUCUCUCGAUGAUAUUGUGUGUUUGUAUACUUAUAGCUUAGUUGGGAGUUGUCCUGGGAUUAUGUAUGGUCGAUGGCUUCUCAUGCGGGUACUUGCGCAUGCACAAUUACCGGAAGUUAGCUUUGUUGGUAAUUUCGUUUAUACCGUUAUCGUGGCGAAUUUUUUUUUAAUAUUUAUCUCGCGCAACUUACUGUACAUAUGCUAGUUGAGCUGGAAGAGAUCAAGAUAGAAUAGAUAAUUAUAGAAAUUUCGGCGAUUCGUUUUGUAAUUUGAAUUUUAUAUUUAGAUUUGACUUUCACGUAUCGACUUUACGACCGAGACGAUUCUCCUAUUAGUUCAUGUUUUUUAAGUUGAUUUCGCGAGUAAGCAUUUUUCGGCACUAAAAAUUUACCAGUAUCCUAUGAAAAAAAAACCACUCGAAAAUAGUCAAUAUCAAUGUCAAUGAGAUGUACAAGCUUAGCUUUUAAUUAUAUAGAUGAAAAACUGAUUUGCUUGCCAAGAACUUCAAGCUUAAAUCUGCCGAGUAUUGAGCGCUUGCAGAAUAGUAGAUGUUUAAAAAAAAUGUUAAUCUAUUUUCUCGGAAAUUUUAAAGACUGUGAAGGGCAGAUUCGAGACCAAGGCUCGUAGCCUUUUUCUCUUCGUACAGCAUAAGUUGUAAUUUUAACAAGAAAAUUUAUCGACAGAUCUAAUUUAUAUUUUAACAAAAUAUAUGAAGGCAUAGAUGUUUAAUAUUUAUAUUUUUCUGCAUGUACAACAGUAGUCUAUAUACAUCAUACGUUUCGCAAUGUUAUAGUGCGAUAAAAUAUUAGACGUACCUUAGAAAAAAAACAUAUCGGCGAUGGAUCUUGUUUCUAUUUUAUUAUGUCACCUUUUCGAAUUAUAACAUUAUUGCAAAUAAAUUCAUUUCAAUCAAUACCA